AUGACCAAUCCGGACGUGGUAAGGAAAGGAGAGAAAUGGAGAAAAGUGGACUGCAACUGCGAGGAAAGUGUCGAACCUGGGGAGGCACUAGUGACGAAGCUGCGUCGCGAUUCGAGGCCAACGGGCAAGAAUUAUGGCCCCGGGGGGGAAACCACUCAAAAACACCGAGAAGGGGAAAAGCUUGGAUGGCGGAGGAUGGUCAAACAUGAAAUCAGGCAGGAUUGGCCUCCGGCGCAUACCGAAAAAGGGAAUGAGGGCUAUGCAAAUGCGGAGAUUAUCGUGACGCUUGUCGUAGAAAGAGGAUUCUUUUCGGUCAUUCUUCUCGAUCAGAUAAGCGACAUCAAGAAGGAGGGUUCUGGUCUUUUAAGGGGUUGUGUAAGUUUGUCAUCUCGUCAUCCCUCAUCGAAAUCGUAA